AUGGCCAAAGGGAAUGACUCCUCAGUGACAGAAUUUUUUCUUGCAGGUUUAACAGACCGACCAGAGCUCCAGCUCCUUCUCUUUUUCCUGUUUUUAGUGAUCUAUGUGGUCAGUGGUUUGAUCACUCUGAUUAGACUGAAUUCCCAUCUUCACACACCCAUGUACUAUUUCCUCUUUAAUCUGUCCUUCAUAGAUCUCUGUUACUACUCUGUCAUCACCCCCAAAAUGUUAAUGAACUUUGUAUCAGAGAAAAAUGUCAUCUCCUAUUCAAGGUGCAUGGCUCAGCUGUAUUUCUUUUGUUUCUUUGGACUUUCUGAAUCUUUGCUUUUGUCGGCCAUGGCCUAUGAUCGUUCCAUUGCUAUCUGUAACCCAUUACUUUAUACCAUCACAAUGUCCUCUCGGGUUUGCUCCCUACUAGUGUCUGGUGUAUAUGUGUUGGGGUUUGCUGGUACCACGGCCCACACAGGAUGCAUGCUGAGACCGUCAUUCUGUGACAACAAUAUCAUCAACCACUCCGUGUGUGACAUACUUCCCAUCCUGGAGCUUUCCUGCACUAGCACCUGUGCCAAUGAAUUAGUGGCUUUCAUUGUUGCCAGCAUUGACAUUGGAAUGAUCAGUGCCACCAUUUUCACAUCUUAUGCUUUCAUAUUUUCCACUAUCCUUCACAUCACCUUCUCUGGUGGCAGGUCUAAAGCCUUCAGCACUUGUAGUUCCCAUAUAAUCACUGUUUCUCUUUUCUUUGGUUCAGGAGCUUUCAUGUACCUCAAACCUUCUUCAAUUGGGUCUAUGGACCAAGGAAAAGUAUCCUCUGUGUUCUAUACCAUUGUAGUGCCUAUGCUAAAUCCCCUGAUCUAUAGUUUAAGGAAUAAAGAUGUCAAAUUGGCCAUGAGGAAAAUCAUGAGACAAAGAAUGAUCCUCUGA